AUGGAGACUUUCAUUAAGAUUCACGGCGAUUCUCAUAUAUUCAUUGGUUCUCGGCCAAAGAAUGCUAGCGAGUCUUUGAAUAGGCUUGAAUUAGCCACAGGCAUAUCCUCCAUUGCCCAGUUUGCCCGCAAUCCCCGCAACAGACGAGAUUUUCAUCGCCCUGAUGGAAAGAAUCCCAGAGUACUGACGCCAACAAGUACCAUCGCGAACUUGUUCCGGGCCCAGUAUGUCGCUGGUUUUAAGGAGGAUGGCGGCAUUAGAAACAUUGACAAGGUUCUGGAUACGCUUUCGCAGGAACCGUGUCUCAAGGCGACCAGUGAAGAGCUUAAGCCAUCCAAUCUGCAAAUCAUGUUCCAGCGGAAGUGGUCCCAUACCCGCAACAUCGGCACCCUGCAGCUUCUCACCCUCUUGAAGAGCAGGUUGUUCAAAGAGGAGCCUUUACUCUUGUUCAACUACUUUGGCAUGCACAAGCGCUCCUUGGAGCUGUUGAGGCUAAUCAAAGCGAAAGAACACCAAAAAUUUGUCCAAUAUUUCACGACUGGGUAUAUGCCAGAUGAAUCUUUCAUCUCAAACAUUAUGAUUUUAAUCCAUCACAAUGCGCGAGGCUCGGCACGAGAUGCGCGUGCAAUGGGACUCUCCUCCAUGAACACUGGCAGUCAAGUUGGCAGUCGAAUUGUCAUGAGCUGUGGCAAUGUCAUGCAGGAGUAUCUGCGGAAGAAUGGAGAUGUGGCAUGCAAAGAGCUGAGGGUUUUCUGUAAGAAUAAAAAGCCAAUCAAGGAUGAGAUUGACUGUGAUAAAGGCAGGUCUGAAGAGUUUUACUAUUGGUUUGGUAUUGAAGAGGCUUUGGAACCAAAGGUUCUCGCCUCGCUCAUGACUGGGAUCCCAAUAGCUUAG